AUGUCUCGAAGCCGCCAGACCGCGCGAGGAGACGAGGAUGAGUAUAUGGUAGACGUCGACGGCGAUGAAACUAUGGGCGAUGUUGCACAAGAGCAAUUGCGGACAACGUUUGGUAUGGAGAUGGUCGAAUUGCCAAUAAGGGACAAGGCUCUGAUGACGGCUGAUCAGAAGAGAAGAGCUGCCAAAUCACAGAGUCAAAAAGAGCAGACGUCCAAUGCCUGGGUUCUCGUCUCCAUCCUCCCCGACCCGUAUAAGAAACCCGAAAUAAUUAGCCCGUCCAAAGUUCAGUCCGCCGAUGGCGAGGCCGCUUAUGUGGCUCUAUACACGACAAUAAUCUCCAUUAUCACGUUAAGUGGUGGUGAACUGAGCGAUCCCCGUCUGCGACGACACUUGACUCGGCUCAACAUCGCCAAGAACAUGCCCAGCCUAAACCCGAAUAACAGGCAUACACCAACGGAAGCAACCGACGUAUUGUUACAGCGCAUGGUCAAGCAAGGAUACCUCGUAAAGUCCGAUGCGAAUGGCAUGGGAGACGAAGACUCUAUUACGUGGCAUGUUGGGCCUCGCGGCAAGGUGGAGGUUGGAAAGGAAGAGAUCGCCGCGUUUAUUCGGACAGUCUACGGAGGCUCCACCGAUGAGCUUGAGGAGCAGUUGCGGCGCAGCUUGAAAGUUAAGGAGAAAAACCCCCAUGUCCAACAAGCUGCUGUCAGGAGAGAGCAACCUAGGGAACCAAGGGAGGAGGAGGAGGUGGUGGAGGAGCCCGAAGAGCCUGAACCCGAGCCGAGCACACAACAACGGAGACGGGGACGGCAAACUCAGAUAGAGAUGGAUGAAGACGAUGAGUGA